AUGGAAAUUAUUAUCGUGGCAGGAGAAGGAGGGGUUUUCCACUUAGACGAUGAAACGAAUACAGAGACAUCGGGCGUUCUUCUCAUCUAUCUUGAGAGGGAAAUCAAAAUGUUCUAGAGGAUAUGUUGCAACAUGCCAACAGUGAUCAGAUCAAUACUGUGACUGAACUUGCGUUAAUUUUACUCGAAAAUCAAUUACCGUUCUCACCUCCAACCGCAGCUAAAUUAAAACAUUAA